GCGCAGAGUUUUUGCCUUUUUUUUUAAUCCAGCAGACACCGGCACGGACAUGUUGACGAGCGGACCGAGCGGCGCCGGGGAGCAGGUCUGAUCUCGCUUUGGUACUUUUAGUACGUCCGUUUUCCAGCCGCAGCGAGGAGGAGAGGGCGCUGUUUUUAUUUUAAUUAUUAUUAUUUUUUUAAAAUCAGUCUGCGUGCCCAAGUUGGACGGCACGGGCUGAUCUGCUGGGACGUGACGCGCACGCAGGAGUAAAGAACCGGCAGGGAUAUUUACCAAAGAAAGUGCUUUUCGCGAAGGAAAACUAGCAGCGGGAGCAGGAGGAGGAGACGGCGGCGGAGGAGGAGCAGUGGUAUGAGGAGGACCGCGGGAUUCCCGGCGAGCUGCGGAGUUGUGACUGAUGGAUGAGCUCGGUCAUCUGUAGGCUAUUUCCAGCGACAGGUACCCACGGCGCGGCCGCAUCGCCAGGUGUGCGUGCGUGCGUGCGUGGACAGAUCUGGGUCUGCGUGGAAAAAAAAGAAGAGAGAAAAAGGUCGCGAUCAGAGCGGCGUUUGUCUCUGCCACAGGUCAACCAGGACACUGUGCCCGCGAGAAGCGCGUCCUGCUGCAGGACAGUUCGGUCAAGGACGCGGGGCUGGUUUCCAGGAGCGGGACACAAGGACAUGAUAUCGACCUCACAUGCUCCCGACUGAUCGAAGCUCCGCUGCCACCGCACACGAAGCCUCCCCGGCGCGCUGCCCUCCGCUCUGAGUCGUCUGUCUGCGCGUUUUGUCAGAAUGGCUGUUGGACUCGGCUGUUGGAAGCAUUACCUCUGGAUCUUUAUUUUAAUGUGCAGGUCGGCGCUGCCGUCAGCCAAAUCGUUGGAGACGAUUAUUUGGAGCUCGCAGAACCCCAAGUUUGUGGCUGGUAAGGGUCUGGUCAUCUACCCAGACAUUGGGGACAAACUGAACAUCGUCUGUCCCAAAGCGGACUCGAGCAGAGAGUACGAAUACUACAAGCUGUACCUGGUCAAGAGAGAGCAGGCAGAGAGCUGCAGUACGGUCCUCGAUCCCAAUGUCCUCGUCAACUGUAACAAACCGGAGAAGGACAUCAGGUUCACCAUCAAAUUCCAGGAGUUCAGCCCCAAUUACAUGGGUCUGGAGUUCAGGAGGGACUUCAACUACUACAUCACCUCAACUUCCAAUGGCACAGUUGAGGGCCUGGAGAACCGGGAGGGAGGUGUGUGCAAGACCCGAUCCAUGAAAGUCAUCAUGAAAGUCGGGCAAGAUCCAAAUGCAGUCGACCCCGUGGUGCCGGAGGCUCCGGAAGACAACAACAUACCCGAGUCCAGUCCAAGUCCAUCCGAUCAGGGUCCGAUUGGACCCGUCAUCCCAGGCAGCACUGACCACAUGAAUCAGGACCAUUCCGGUUCCUCCGGAAACUCAGACGGGAUCCUCGGCUCCAAAGUGGCUGUGUUCUCUGCCAUCGGAGCGGGCUGCAUCAUCUUCCUCGUGCUCAUUCUCCUCCUCAUUAUCCUCCUCCUCAAGAUGCGCAAGCGUGCCAGGAAAAACACCCACUCACAGCCCCGCCCUUCUGCCCUGUCACUCAGCACGCUGUCCAAUCCCAAGCUACCCGGGGGCACGGCUGGCACGGAGCCCAGUGACAUCAUCAUUCCUCUGCGGACAGAGAACAACUACUGCCCUCACUAUGAGAAGGUGAGCGGCGACUAUGGCCACCCCGUCUACAUUGUCCAGGAGAUGCCACCGCAGAGUCCUGCCAACAUCUACUACAAAGUCUGACAUGCUCCCCGACAUCCAGCAGCAGUCAGGAGAUGUGGGGGGUGAGAAACUUGGAGGGGGGCGGGGAGCGCUUGAUUUACGUUCUUGGGAAGAACACUUUCCUUUCCAUUUCGGGGACUUGAUGCUUCUUCAAGCCUGCGUUAUUUCUACCACCUGCUGCACAAAUCUGGAGAGACACGCACUGACCAGCACCCAGUGGGGUUGCACGCCGACUGAUCGAGGCUGAUUCUGUUUGAUCGGGUUCUCCUCCUCCCCUUGCGUUCCACCUUCUGCAUGUCCCUGCUGUGCUCCGACAGAGGGGGAGGGGAGUGAACAGAUGGAACUCUAGUUUCCUGGUUUGCUGUCCUCUUUAACGGGCAGGAAAGAGUUAGCUCAGUCCCCUGAAGUACAGUCUGUGCUACACCCAAUUAAACACCCGAGCACACCAGGCAGACACAGGCCCCGGUUGCCACUCCGCCUGAUUUUUAUGUGUGUGUGUGUAUAUGUGCGUUUGUGUGCGCAUGCGUUCGUCAGGGCUCAAUGCCAGGCCAGGAAACUCUCCAGAUAGCUCAGGUAUCAGACACAGCGUGUGAAAUAAUGUGUUCCUCUCCCUUCGCACCUCUGAUGUUUGCCUUACUUACUAUUUUUGAUGGAGGAUUUCCUCGACCCUGAUUCAGUUCACAAAGCAGUUGUAUUUUGUUAAGACUUUUCCUACAAGUGCACAAUGUAUAGAGUUUAAAUCAUCACCACUCCACCACGUCACUGUUCACAUCGUCACCACCCGCCACAGCGCCCCUUGACCUGGACUGCCGACGUGCACGUUUACAUCCGUGUUUGAAGGCGUGCACCCAUCCCCGCUGCUCUGAUAUCAGCUUUACUAUUACCCUGGUGUUUAUGACUUACUUUGUGUACUCAAGGGCAUGGCCUCUGUAGGUGAGCGUGGGCAUGUCCGGGCUGGCCCUCCGCUGUAUCUGGGCAGACUUGCCGGCUUAGGGAUAGAACACAGCGCUACUGUAUCAUAAGCUUCAAAAACAAGACAGACAGGCCUGAGAUCUACACUCCAGUUUGCUCCGACAGAAGGUUUGAUUGUGUCUGAUGAUGGUUUUAAGACAGCAGACACGUUGAAAUUUGUUUGUUUGGGCUUCUGGGGCUCCUGUGUAGACAUCAAACAGUUUGGUGCCCGCCGCUUGGUCUAGGUGGGUGUGCGUUGGACGGCGGGCACUGAUUGGCUGGCCUACAUAGGUAGGAUGCCCUAUAUACAAUAUAAGUUGGUUGGCGAUCUGCACUGAACAUUGGGAUACGGUAUUGUCAGAUGCCAGUUGGCUGCCAUCUGUAGAGUGUAGCGCGCAGUUGGUAGCGUUGCCAGCGUGUGACUAAUCUAUGUGCCAUCUCUGUGCCCACACUCACCAGCCGGGGAGGAGAGUGAGCGAGCGACAGAUAAAGGAGAGAAUGUUCCUGUGACUUGGCUUUAACCUGACAGGGAGGUGGUGACAGGGAUGGAGGACGGGGUGGUGGAGGUAGUUUUAGCAUUAAUUUUUCCAUCCGCUCACCAGUUGUGCUUUGAAUAAAAAAUGCUGUGCAGAAUAUUCUGCAGUUAAGGUGUUCAGCCAGCGAGGACACCGCAGCUCAGCUAUCACACAGCCCAGGGCAGCGGCACUGGCACAGGAUUUAUUGCGGGUGGGUGCGUGUACGCACGAUGCAUAGUGUGAAUGUGUGAGCGAGCACAUGUUGGGUGCAGUACACGCUCCUGUGUGCGAGGGCUUAUUUGUGCUUAAAUUUGCAGUUUUCAGCCCCCCCCGUGUGUGUGUGUGUGUGUGUGUGUGUGUGAAUGAUUCUGUGGUUUAGCAGCUGAACUAGACUUGUUUUCAGGGCACUGGAAGGUGCUCCAAAGAGCGCGGGUGCCAAAGUACGGCGAGCCACAGUCCCACUUAAUGACGUGAGGCGAGAAAGGGAUCAGAUAAGGACGGCUGUUCGUCAGCACCGAGACGGACGGGUCCAGGUUCAUCUUAAGUCAAACGGUCAAGCUGCUGGUUAACGUUUACUCAACCUGUCACCGUCUCGUGCACGGAGGCGCUCUGCUGAGUUAAAAGGCGGCCUUGCAGGACGACUCCAGUGGCUUUUGCGUGUCGUUAACCUCGGAGUUAACAACCAAACCAGCUGCUCGUACUUUUGUGGUGCUGUGUUUUAACUCAGCAUGCAGCCAUAAGAGGCUCUCUGUGAAACACAUCUACAUCAAAUAUUUUCGUUUUGGAUCGGUGCGGAUCCACUCACCUGCACCAGCCAAGGGAGCCAUUACCAAUGACCACAAACCAUAUCUCAUUUCCACUCAUUGUUGUGACCACUUAAUGUUAUUCAAAUUUUGGGGGGAGAAACGUAAAUGAGGAAAGGUAACAUAGAAAUGUAAAUAUAAGGAUAGAGCCCAAUUUAAGAUGUAAUUUCACCUGAACACUGCUCAUAAGAAAACUUUAAGAUUAGAUUUUUGUAACGGAGGUCGUUUGUAAAUACUUGUCUUUUUAAAGUGUGUUUUGUAUGACUCCUUGCAUUUUGUCUCUGUUUGCAAUAUGUCUUUAUUUUGUUCUCUCUUCGAGUUAAAAAUUGAAUAUUGCAGCAGACACGCGAGCAUCCAGUAUUGUCCGAAGUCUUUGUUAUGACAUGUGUUAAAAACUGGACUUUUCAAUUUGCUUUUUUUUUAUUUUAUUUUGUUAACAUCGUCAUCCAACGGGAUUGCAGUUGCUGAGAACCAGUUGAGGACUGAACCUUUGUUGUCACCGAGCGGCGAGUGCGCGCGCGGCUUUGACGAGGAUAGGUUAUUGAAAUGCUGAACGAUUAGGCCCCGCCCCCACUGCUGGAAGCAGCACUUAGCUCUGCGUUUGAAGACUCCGCUGCCUUCAAGUUGCCUUCCACCGCAUUAUGAGGUGUAAGAAGAGCAUCUGGUCCAGAAAGAUUAAUCUUUUCUCAGUUUUAAUGAAUCUGUUGGGCCAGACAGUGAAAGAGACGCAGGGAGAGAGAGCGAGGAAGAGAAAAAAGGGGCCACGGAUGAGAGUGUGACCAUCCAGCACUCGCCAAUAAAUCAUCUGGUUUACACCACUCAUUAUCUCCCAGGCGGUCCUUUGUUUUAAAGUUGCUCUCUCUUUCUCUCCCUCUGCCUCUCCUUUGUCAUCUCUCUCUCCCUAAUUUAGCACAAGUGUGUCGCCGGCUUGUGGUGCGAGCCUCACUAUGGGUUUUCUGCUUUUGUUCAAAGCCACAGUAUUAUUUCCAAUGUGCAUGUGUAAGCAAAACCUGUUGAAUUUCCCUUUGUUUGAUUCAUAACUGUCAGUUUUGUUAUUGUUAUUUUAUCGCCAUUCAGUUUUUUUUUCCUUUUCCUGCCGCUUCUCAGCAUAACCUAUUGGCACCAGCUACGAUGGAAAUAACGUUCCACCAGUUUGGAGACUACCGCAAUUUGAUAAAUAAAUUUUUUCCCAUGGAUCAUGUUC